UUCUACACGUUUUUGUACGCGUAUCACACUUUGUGUAAAUUUAUAUAUAUUUUUAUAUUCUUUUAACUAUAGACGUUGUUCGUUCAAUUAAAUACAGUUACCAUACAUAUCUAUCAGUUCUACCAAAUUAAUUGCUCAGCAGUUCGUGUACCCCGAAGCGGCGAAAGAGCGAAAGAAAUCGCAAGUGUGUGUGCAGACCUACGAAUUUCGGAAGCAGGGGCAGACUGAGAUUACAAUCAACGCACGCUUUGUUACGCAUUCCCUUGCACCGCUUUUAUUGUUGACCGUCGAUUGUGGUGUCUGUUUAUGUGCUAGAGUGGGCCGGGAGAUAGGCCAAUUCACGUUUUGCUGGUUUCGGUCGGAGUUGAAAAUCUUUGACUCUAAGCUGUCAUCUAUGCUGCAGCGCCGUUCGUAAGGUGCGAGACGACGGAAAGAAAGAGUGAAAGAUCCUCCACACCAUCAUCCACACAGCAAACACACUCAAUAAGACAGAAUGUUGCGCAAUACGCCUUUCGCCGGCACGCCCACUUACAAAUUACUGCUAGGCUUUGGCCUCUGCUCGCUGGGCAGUGCCAUGCUCUACGCCUACUUCAAGUCCCGCAAUGACGACAAGGAUGAAACGGGCACGAAGGAGCGAACAGAAGGUGGACCAGAACAAAUGCAGCAACAGAAACAACAGCAAAAGGAAAUCUGUCUCAAAAUCGUUGUGGACAAUGACCACGUACCGUUGAUAAUUGGACGCGGCGGCGCCAACAUUAAACUAAUUGAAGAAAAGACCGGGGCAAAGAUAAGAUUACGCGAUAAGGACAAUUCCCACAAGUUCUGCGACAUAAACGGCUUGCCCGAUGCGGUUAAGGCGGCUCGUGUUAUGCUCAUCAAGGAGAUUGAGCGUGCACCCAUUGUCAAGAUGGAGCUGCUGGUACCACAACGGUUGGCCAACAGGAUCAGUGGACGCGGAGGUGAGAUAAUACAGGAAAUUAGCCGAGCAUCAUUGGCUAAGCUCAGCAUCGAUCUAAAUGGACGCAAUGGCAAGGCCAAGAUCAGCAUUGUUGGCAACCAGAAGCAGGUGAACAUUGCCCGCAAGCUGCUGGACGACCAGAUCGAGGAGGACGAGCAGCUGCGACUGGCUGUCGAUGAGGUGGAACAGCAUCGCGAACCAAGACGUUCGCCCAGCUACAGUCUCACCUCUAGCGUGUACUCUUCACAGACAUCCCUCAGCUCCCAGCCGCCGCGCGACAAGCUAAUGGCCUCUCGUGGAGAUGAGAAGCCCAUGGAAGUGUACGUCUCGGCAGUUGCAUCGCCCACAAAGUUCUGGGUGCAGCUGGUGGGCCCGCAGUCCAAGAAGCUGGACGACAUGGUCAAGGAGAUGACCGCCUACUACAGCAAUGCCGAGAAUCGCGCCAAGCACCAACUGACCGCACCCUACAUUGGCCAGAUCGUGGCCGCCGUCUUUAAGUUCGAUGAGAAAUGGUAUCGCGCCGAGAUCGUGGACAUUAUGCCCAAUCAGUAUAAUCCCAAUGAGCAAGUCAUCGAUCUGUACUUCGUGGACUAUGGCGACAGUGAAUAUAUCUCUCCAGCAGACAUUUGCGAACUACGCACCGAUUUCCUAACCCUAAGGUUCCAGGCAGUUGAGUGCUUCUUGGCCAACGUGAAAUCAACUAUUCCAGAUGAACCUAACACCUGGCAGAAGGCAUCUAUAUCCAAGUUCGAGGAAUUCACAGAGGUUGCUCAUUGGCGCAAGCUGAUCGCACGGGUGGUCACUUACAAGGAGCGUCCGAAGGUGACGAGCGCCGCCAAUGCGUCCGCACGAGAUGGUACACCGCUGCCCGGCGUGGAACUGGUCGACCCCACCGAGGGCGCUGAGAUGAACAUUGGCGAUAUGUUGAUAAUGCAGGGGUAUGCCCUGCCACUGGAUGAUUCAUAUCCGGUGAGAUCACGCUCCACGUCGCCAUCGACUCAAAGUGAUUCCACCAUCGAGGAGCUGUGCGCCACAAAUACGCCCCGAACGCCGCUCACCCCAAUGUCGCCCAUGUCACUGUCAAUCACAAACGAUGUGGACAGUGUAGAGGAUGCUCACUUUGCCAAUCAGCUGCAGCACUUGGGGCAGAAGCUGAACGGCAAUGACUUGACCCAUAUCAAUCCAGUUCAACUGACCACAGACGACAUAAAAAACAGGAAUGGAGAAGCCAUCAAGAGCACACACAGCGAUGUGGCUCGCUAAUUCAGAUUGGCACUUCUUAAUUCUCAAAGUUAGUCUAAGCUAAGCUCUCGCCUUAUGAUAAUUGUGGGUAGUCAUUGUAAAAAGGCAGCUCACUACUUGAUAUGUAUAUAAACUUAAAGAAGCUUAAAAGAAAAGGACAAACAGAAAACAAUACAAAACAAUUGUUUAGACUAUAAGUAAUUAAGGUAUUGAAACAAUUUCUUUAAUUUAUCAUACGAAAUUUGACUGUUUAUUGUGCUAUAUGAACAAAAUGAACCAGCAUAAUUCUUUA